CACUUAUCCCAGGGCACUAGCCAAGAAUGUCUAUAUAUUUGAAGCCACAAACCCGACGACGCUAAUCUGAAUUCUUCAUAUACUGUUAAUCUGAGCCCGAGACGAAAUCUGAUAAUGGCGCAGAAGCAAUCCAAGUACGAUCAGUUCAAGGGCCAGCCGCGCCUCCCUCAAUUCGCGGUCCCUAAGCGCUACGACAUUCGCCUGAAGCCGGAACUGAUCGCCUGUAAGUUUGCCGGCGCCGUUGAUAUCUCCGUGCAGGUCAUCGCAGACACCAAGUUUCUGGUUCUUAAUGCCGCCGAGCUCACCCUUGAUCCCAAGGCCGUCGUCUUCAAAGCCCAAAACCAGGUGUUGGAGGCAGUGGAGGUGGAGUUUCUGGCGGAGGAUGAGAUUUUGGUGCUGGAGUUUGGGGAGACUUUGUCUAGGGGGUUGGGAGUUUUGAGCAUUGCGUCCUUCGAAGGAACCUUAAAUGACAGGAUGAAAGGGUUUUACAGAAGUACUUAUCUGCACAAUGGGGAGAGUAAGAAUAUGGCUGUUACACAAUUUGAGCCAGCUGAUGCAAGGAGAUGCUUUCCUUGUUGGGAUGAACCAUCUUUUAAGGCCACAUUCAAGAUGACAUUAGAAGUACCAUCUGAACUGGUAGCCCUUUCCAACAUGCCAGUUAUCGAAGAACAAUUAAACGGGGAUAUGAAAAUAGUUUAUUAUCAAGAAUCUCCAAUCAUGUCCACAUACUUGGUGGCCAUUGUUGUCGGUUUAUUUGAUUACGUUGAAGAUCAUACACCAGAUGGAAUCCCCGUCAGGGUCUAUUGUCAGGUUGGCAAAGCAAAUCAAGGGAAGUUUGCUUUAGAUGUAGCUGUCAAGACACUGGGAAUUUAUAAAGAGUAUUUUGCAGUGCCAUAUUCCCUACCUAAACUAGAUAUGAUAGCAAUUCCUGACUUUGCUGCUGGGGCCAUGGAGAAUUAUGGCCUUGUUACAUAUCGAGAAACUGCUUUGCUUUAUGAUGAAAAGCAGUCUGCAGCUGCUAACAAGCAAAGAGUUGCAACUGUAGUAGCCCACGAGCUUGCACACCAAUGGUUUGGCAAUCUUGUGACAAUGGAGUGGUGGACUCAUCUUUGGCUGAAUGAGGGAUUUGCAACAUGGGUGAGCUACUUGGCAGCUGAUAGCUUGUUCCCAGAAUGGUCUAUUUGGACUCAAUUUCUCGAAGAAAGCACAGCAGGGCUUCGGCUGGAUGGGCUUGCAGAAUCGCACCCCAUUGAGGUUGAUAUCAAUCAUGCAAGCGAAAUUGAUGAAAUUUUUGAUGCAAUCAGUUAUCGAAAGGGUGCUUCUUUGAUUCGGAUGUUGCAGAGCUAUCUUGGUGCUGAAUGUUUUCAGCGUGGACUUGCUUCAUACAUCAAAAAGUAUGCUUGCUCGAAUGCAAAGACAGAAGAUUUGUGGUCUGUCCUCCAAGAAGAGUCUGGAGAACCAGUGAACAACCUAAUGAAUUCCUGGACAAAGCAAAAGGGUUAUCCAGUUGUCACUGUCAAGAUGAUUGACCACAAGUUGGAAUUUGACCAGUCACAAUUUUUGUUGAGUGGUACUCAUGGAGAUGGGCAGUGGAUAGUCCCGAUAACACUAUGUUGUGGCUCUUAUGAUGCUCGUAAAAGUUUUCUGCUGCAAAAAAAGUCAGACACGAUUGAUAUAAAUGACUUGUCGAGCUCACAAUCAAAAAGUAAUCCAUGGAUAAAAGUUAACUUGGACCAGACAGGUUUCUAUAGAGUGAAAUAUGACGACAACCUUUCAGCAAGACUUAGAUCUGCAAUAGAGAACAAGCUAUUGUCAACAAAUGACAGAUAUGGCAUUUUAGAUGAUUCAUUUGCCUUAUCCAUGGCAUGUCAUCAACCUUUAUCAUCAUUACUUGCAUUGAUGUCAGCUUAUAGGGAGGAGCUCAACUACACUGUUCUAUCUAACCUGAUUAGCAUAAGUUACAAAGUUGCAAGAAUUGUGGCUGAUGCUGCUCCUGAAUUAUUAAGUGACAUCAAGCUAUUUUUCAUCAACCUUUUCCAGUACUCUGCAGAGAAGCUCGGCUGGGAUCCCAAGCAAGGGGAAGGCCACUUAGAUGCCAUGUUGAGGGGACAACUACUUAAUGUAUUAGCAGCAUUUGGGCAUGAUGCAACGAUAAAUGAAGCAAACAGGCGUUUCCUCAUAUACCUGGAUGAUAGAAGUACACCUGUUUUAACUCCAGACUUGAGAAAGGCUGUAUAUGUGGCUAUAAUGCGGAAUGCCAGUAAAUCAAAUAGAUCAGCGUUCGAAGCGCUCCUAAGAGUUUACCGAGAGACUGACCUAAGUCAAGAGAAGACUCGCAUUUUAGGUUCAUUGGCAUCUUCUCGGGACCCUGAACUCAUUCUUGAAGUUCUCAACUUUCUGUUGUCAUCAGAGGUCCGGAGUCAAGAUGCUGUUAUUGGACUUGAUAUUAGUUUUGAAGGACGUGAUGUUGCUUGGAGCUGGUUUAAAGAAAACUGGGAUCACAUAUGCCAUAUUUAUGGUCCUGGAUUUCUGGUCACCCGCUUUGUCUCCGCAAUUGUAUCACCGUUCUCGUCGUAUGAGAAAGCGAAAGAGGUGGAGGAGUUCUUUGCAACUAGGACGAAGCCUUUCAUUGUGAGGAGCCUGAAGCAAAGCCUGGAGAGGGUCGACAUAAAUGCCAAGUGGGUUCAGAGCAUUCGGAAUGAGAGUCCACUGGCUGAGGCCGUGAAGAAGCUACUACUACUCGCCCGCAUGAAGCACUAAUAGAGUUAUUAUUUAUAGGGACUAGUUACUAUAUGAACUCAAAUAAGAAGGUAUCAUUUUGCUACUUUUGUUGCUUGAGAUUGUGUUCAUUGAGUUAAGUAAUCAAGAAGUAAACAUCUAGUUUCACAGUACAUGCUCCGGAGAAGCUGUCGACAUGUUUCAUUUAAAAAAUAUACCGUCUUUUUGUCUCACAAAUUGUCUCUGUUCACUGUUACCAUAAUAACUGUUUGUGCGUGUU